AUCAAAUAACAGCCAUAUUUAGAUUAUGGGUCAGAUCAACGGUUUUAAUCUCGUUGAUUUUAGUGGAUUUAUUUCACCGUUAUACCUUCGGAGAUCCAUAUCAGGAAUAAACUGAUACAUUUACUGAUCCCGACAGACAGGAACAGGAACUCUCCUCUGCAGCUUCACCCGCGCCUUUUGUCUGCGGAAAAACAGGACGAUGUUUGUUAUUAGACGCUGAAACAAUUGACGGCGCGUUUGACGAGCCUUCUAAAAUAAGGGUUUUCCCCAACCAGGCUGUCAAAACACUAGAUGAGAGGAGCAUAUAUGUGAUUCAUUUCCCACUGCGGGCGGCGUUUAAGACAACAAUCUAUCCAAAUGAUGUCAGGAAAGCAUUUCAAGGCUCACGAAGUGAGCUGCUGCAUCAAGUAUUUCAUCUUCGGAUUCAACAUCAUAUUUUGGUUCCUUGGAGUGGCGUUCCUCGGCAUUGGGUUGUGGGCAUGGAGCGAAAAGGGUGUUCUCUCCAACAUCUCGUCCAUCACAGACCUGGGGGGCUUUGACCCCGUCUGGCUCUUCUUGGUGGUGGGUGGUGUGAUGUUCAUCCUCGGAUUCGCUGGUUGCAUCGGAGCGCUGCGAGAAAACUCUUUCUUGCUCAAAUUUUUCUCUGUGUUCCUGGGUAUCAUCUUCUUCCUGGAGCUGACUGCAGGAGUCCUGGCCUUUGUCUUCAAAGACUGGAUCAAGGACCAGCUCAAUUUUUUCAUUAACAACAACAUCCGGGCCUACAGAGACGACAUUGAUCUGCAGAACCUGAUAGACUUUACCCAGGAAUAUUGGGAGUGUUGUGGAGCGUUUGGAGCUGACGACUGGAAUUUGAACAUCUACUUCAACUGUACGGAUUCCAACCCAAGCCGCGAGAAAUGUGGAGUGCCCUUUUCCUGCUGCACCAAAGAUCCGGCGGAGGAUGUCAUCAACACUCAGUGUGGCUACGACAUCCGAGCAAAAACGGACUCUGAGCAGCGGACCUUCAUCUAUAUCAAAGGAUGUGUUCCUCAGUUUGAGAAGUGGCUUCAAGAAAACCUGACCGUGGUGGCAGGCAUCUUCAUAGGGAUUGCAUUACUACAGAUUUUUGGCAUCUGUUUAGCACAAAAUCUUGUGAGCGACAUUGACGCCGUGAGAGAGAGCUGUUUGUUUACCUAAGACCUCCACAGAAUCUCCAAAGGCAAGAAGGAUGUACCAGGACUCUGCUGUUUGGACGCCAGCAACAAAGGGAAAUAAAUUAAUCAGCUAAUGCAUCCAGAA